AUGGCUAGCUCAAAAUCCCAAUACAAUAAUGUUCAUUCAAACAGUUUCCCCACCAAACCACACCCUCUUUUCCAACAAUGCGAAGAGCACUUGUGCCGAUUAGGGGAUUCAAAUGCAACUUCAUCAGCUUCAAUAAGCCAAAAACUGAGUGGUCUUGAGGAUUUGCACGACUGUGUUGUGAAGUUGCUUGAGUUACCCCUCACUCAAAAAGCACUUGUAAAUGGCCGCCAGGAUAAGUGGGUUGACCAAGUGAUAGAUGGUUCUCUAAGGCUCUUGGACAUGUGUAGCGCAGCCAAAGACGCCGUGUUACACACCAAGGAAUGCGCACGUGAGAUCCAAUCAACUAUGAGAAGAAGAAGAGGAAGUCUUGAAAGCGAAAUUAGGAAAUACUCAGUCUCAAGGAAAGUUGUGAAGAAAGCAAUCCGAAAGGCCUUGAGGAAUCUAAAAGGUACUGAAUCAAAAAAUGCAGUCUCUCCUUCUAACAAAGACAACGAAACCAUGGCAUUGGCUGGUGCAUUAGGAGAGGUGGAAGCAGCUACUCUUGCAGUAUUUGAGUCCUUGUUGUGCUUUGUUUCUGGGCCAAAGUCACAAUAUUCCAAGCUAAGCAGCUGGUCCUUAGUUUCAAAGCUGUUAAUGCAAAGCAAAAAAAUUGGUUGUGAGGAAGAAGAAAAAGUUGUCAAUGAGUUUGAAAAUGUGGAUUCUGUAUUGCCAAUUCUCAUUCAAUCUGAUAAGUGUCCUUUGAACAUUGAGAAUGUCCAAACUGAGCUGCAAAGUCUGGAGUCUUGCAUCCAAAACUUUGAAGAAAGACUAGACCGACUCUUCAGGGGUUUAAUCAAAAUCAGAGUUUCCUUUCUCAACAUCCUUAACAACUAA